AUGGCCCUUGUGAAGGCGGCUGCGAGCUGGCGCUCCUGGAUCACACAUGACACCACUUCGGUGAAGGUGCAAGCUUUCACGGCAAGCAGCGGGGUUCCAUGUGAGGACAGUCGGCAAAGCUUCCCGGUGAUGUUGCGGGUCACGGCGGAGGGGGAGGCUGCCGGCUCCAAGCCGCCGCGGCACGUCGGUGCGGACAUCGUCGCCGUGCUAGACAUCAGCGGGAGCAUGCUGGGGGACAAGCUGGAGCGCAUGAAGGAGGCCAUCACAAACGUCAUCGACAAGCUCGGCACCAACGACCGGCUCUCCAUCGUAUCCUUCGAGUCCAAUGUGUACCGCCUUACGGAGCUCACAUACAUGUCUGAGCAAGGCCGGAGAGCCGCCCGGGACAAGAUCAAUGAGCUCUUCACCAAAGGCGGCACCAAUAUGGGCCCGGCUCUGCAUGAGGGAGCUCAGAUUCUGCGGGGGCGUCCAGCUGAGGAAAUGAGCAGCCGUGUAGGCUGCAUUGUGUUCCUGUCGGAUGGUUUGGACAGUGGUAUCUUUGAGGCAACUAUUAGCCCCGAUUUCCCAGCGCACACCUUCGGCUUGGGCAAGGACCACGACCCCAUGGCCAUGAAGCACAUCGCCGACAAGACCUCCGGCACCUACUCCUACGUCAACAAGGACACUAAGAGGAUCAACUAUGCCUUCCAACUAUUCAUUGCCGGCGUCACAUCUGUAUCUGUGACAUCCGUUGAGAUCACCCUUGGGACUCCUUAUGGCAUCCUCAUAUCGUCUAUCGAGUCCGGAGGCUACUCCAACAAAAUGAGCUCUGACGGGCGGUCCGGCACGAUACACAUCGACAACAUGUAUGCCGGCGACAGGAAGAACUUCAUCGUCUUCCUGGAGCUGCCAGCCACGAAACAGGAGGGUAAGCAGAAGGUGCUGACCGUCGGCGGCCACUACCAGGGCCUCAGUGUUGCAAGCAAGAAGCUGACGGGCACUGAUGUGUCUGUCAUGCGACCACUUAAGAAAUUUUCCGACAGGCUAGUUAAUGACCCUGAUGUGGCAGAAGAGGUCGCACGGACCAAGUUGUUGAAGGACAUCGGGAAACUCUUUCAGCAACAACCAUCCAAUCUUUCCGGAGGAAUGCCAAACAUAUAUAACUCUUUUGUGGUCUCCCCGGAGGGCCUUCAAGCCCCCAAAACCUUGAAAAGCUUCAAGGGGGAUUAUAACAAGAUGAUGAUGGGCAUCGGCGACCCCAAAAUGCACAAAAUAUUAGGGCUGCCUUACAUAUUGUCAUGGCUAUCUUCCCAUAGUUGGCAACGUGCAACCACCAUGGACGACCCCUGCGACACUCCUUUCAUAACCCCAGGGCAAAAAGUCGUCCAGGAUGCCAGCACUUCUGUUGCUGUUGGUGGUGGCAGUGGUGCUACUACUACUGGUAGUGGCGGUACUACUGCUGCUACAUCUAGAUGGGAAAAGAUCAUCGCAAGGGCGAAGAGAAACCCUUGCUCUUGCUUGCUGCCGAGUGUUGCCGUGACACUUGCGGUGGCCUCACUCUUUUUGGCGAUGCUCUAUUCUACACUCGAGGGAAGCCCCAAUCCGGCGAUGAAAUUAGGCCCACUGCAGUAUCCGAUGCUCACGGAGAGCAACUAUGCUGCUUGGGCCAUCAAGAUGGAGGCAUACAUGCGCGCUCAAGGGGUUUGGGAUGCUGUCGGAGCCAAAGACCAUCCCAAAGUUUCGGCAAGGAAGAACCAAAUGGCGUUGGCCGCCAUUUACCAGGCUAUCCCGGAGGGCACACUUUUCCUGCUAUCCCAGAAGAAGACAGCCAAGUCGGCGUGGGAGGCGCUCAAGACCAUGCACAUCGGAGACCAGCGCCUGAGGGAUGCCAAGCUGCAAACCCUCAAGCUGGAGUUUGAGGCGUUGCGCAUGAAGGAGACGGACUCCAUCGACGACUUCGCCAUCCGGCUGACGACGGUCGUCAACAAGAUCCACACACUCGGUGAACGCAUCGAGGAGCCCUACACCGUCAAGAAGUUCCUCCGCGCCGUCCCCAACAAGCACAUCCAGAUUGCUUCGACCAUCGAGCAAUUUGGCGACCUCAACACCAUGACACUCCAGGAGGUUAUUGGGCGGCUCAAGGUGCAUGAGGAGCGCCUAGGACGACUCGGUGCUACCGAGAAGGAGAAUGAGUUGUUGACACACGCUGAGUGGAUAGCGAGGGAAGAGGCUGAUCAGUUCAGCCAUGAUGCAACCAAGGUAUAUGCUUCGGUUGCCAAGAUCCUCCUCCAUGACGCCAAGAAGGAGAAUGAGUUGUUGAUGCAUGCUGAGUGGAAAGCGAGGGAAGUAGUUGAUCAGCUCAACCAUGAUGCACCCAAGGUAUAUGCUUCAGUUGCCAAGAUCCUCCUCGGCAGGAGCGGGGGAGGCUAUGGCGGUGACACAUACCGGGUAAGCGCUUCCAUUGCCAAGAUUUUGGACACUUUGCUUACAAGUGCCGCGAGGAAGGAAAGGGAGGUGAAAUCCCUGAUCGCUGAAGCUCACGGUGACAAUGAAGUAACUCUUCGCCUCCGAUGA